UGCAACACUAGUAUGUACCUACCUUGUUAUUACUUAUCAGACAGCUGAUUAUUGAUAUGUUAUUGUAAGCAUUUAAUAUAAUGAACUUCAUUCGUAGGUCCUUAGCGUAUCCAACAAAAUAUUUAAAUAUACAAAAACGUUUACUAAAGUAUGUACAAGGUCAAGAGCCUGAACCAAAAAUUCGUGAAUAUUUUUAUUUUAUUGACCAUCAAGGCAUGUUAUUUUUAGAUGAUUCAAGAAUGAAAAAUUUUACAUCAUGUUUUAAAGAAAAGAAAUUUUUAGAAUUCUUCUUUAAGCGUGUUCGAUUAAAUAAAACUGGAAAAUAUCAAGAUGAAUUUCCUUUUAUAUCUUUAUGUGGAAGAGAGAGGAAUUAUAUAAGAUGUGACGAUCUACCAAUUGUUUAUACACAUAUCAUAACUAAAGGAAACCCUGAAACAGAUUUUUUGACGUUUGGCUAUGCUGGUGAAUCGUUAAUGUCUCAAUUUCAACCUGAAAAAGUUUACAUGUUACCUGAAACUGGUAGAGUCUACCAUCCUGCUGAUGAUAAAUAUGGAGGUAUUGGGCUUGUUAGAUCUAAACUUUCUAUUGAAAUAAGUAAGUAUUUCACAUUUGAUAAUGGAGAAAAUGCACCCCCAACACAUUUUAAUUGGAAGGACAGAAAUUAUCAAUUGGAUCAAUCAUGGUUUGCAGAAACAGUUCAUAAACAUAAUAUUAAAAUAAGAACUGUCCCUGAUUAGUUUAAUAUUUUAGAAUAUAAGCUAAAAACUAAACAUAAGCUAAAAUAUUUGUAUCUAUAAAAAUUAAAACCAAAAACAUCAUUUUUUGUAAAUAAUGUAUUACCCUUUUUUCUGGCUGAAGAAAAGGUAUUAAAUAUAAUUAAACAAUGUGCUAAAGUUAGGUUAAUGUAACAUGUACUAUAAAAAUAUUUUAAAAACGGAAACAAUUUUGCUUAUAUGAAAAUAUUUAGACUUCUAUUUGUACACUUUAAACAUUUGUGAUGUAUAUUAUCCAUAUAUUUUUGUAGUCAGGUUGACAGAGUCAAAACCCAUACAAAUAUAUGAUUAUAGUUAAAAUCCAAAUAUCGUAUUUUUCAUUGUGAUUCAUUGCUACAAUAAGUAAAAAUAUAAAAUGGUGAUUAUUAUAAUUAAAAUUUUGAAUAAAAUUGUGAUUAAAUCACAUGUAUGAAUAUUUGCUUAACUUCACAAUUAGAACAAAUAUAUUUUGAAUAAAAUAAAAAAGUUAAUGAAUAUCUUACUACAAACUAACAGGCUUACUUAAAAAUAUUUAGUCUUUCUGUCUUCAUUGAUUUGACAUUCCAAA